AUGAAAAAAUUAAAAGAUAGUAGUAGUCACAGAAAAUCACAUAAAACUACUACUACUACUACUACUUGUAGUAAAGUACAAAAUUAUAAUAAUCCAACUCUACCAAUCUAUCAUUCUCAAGUACUUGAUUGA